AUGUGGUACGAACAGUUGAUAGCUGCCGAUGUUAGUGCAGCGAGAGUCACAGUUGACGUUUGCAGACACACGCAAGACAAGAGUGUUGUGUCACGAGGCGAGGCCUUUGCUCGAAUCCAAGCUGUCUGUGACACCUGCAACAAAGGCAAAGAUUUUUUUGUCCUGGCGCGAACCGACGAGCUGUUCAAGGGCAUUGGUGUUGACGCCAUCUUUAUCGAGGCUCUUCCGGACCGAGAUGCUAUGAAGCAAUGCGUGGAAGAAUUGGAGACUACUGUGUUCGCAAAUAUUAUCGAAGGAGACAAGAAGGAAAACUUGUCUGUUAAGGAUCUCGCUGACUUAAGGUUCUCCCUGAACAUCGGUUGCUCGUCACCGGAAAGCCGUUCGCUCUACCUUGGACGGUAUGAAGUAAAGUAUGACUGUUUGCGUGCCGCCAAUGAUACUGACUUAGGAUCAGCUUUGUGA